GACACCAUGGUAUACAAAAAAAUGGGAACUCUUGUGGAAGUGUUUUCGCCAGAUUCUCUAAAAGGGAGAGGUUUGAGAGCAGUAUCAACAAUUCAAGCCGGUACAUGUGUUCUAGAAGAUGAGCCUUACGUGUACAUUUUGAAUGAAGAACAAUUGCAGCUCAGAUGUGGCCAUUGUUUACGUGCAUUAUCUCUUGGAAAUACCAGUGAGGUUGAGUCAAAGAACUGUAAAUCCUGCAAGAGAGUGGUUUAUUGCAACAAAGCAUGCAAGGUUGCAGGUCGUAAAGAGCAUCGCUAUGAAUGUAAACUGUUACAGGGUAAGGAAAAGGAUGACGUCACUCUCCGACUCCUGACGAAGAUGAUCCUGAAAAGCAAGAAUUAUGAGUUAAAGAAAUCCAACGGGACUCUUUGUGAGUUUCCUUCUUCAUACAGGGAUCUUUGUUCAUUCCAGCUUUCCACUAAGGCUCAGGAGCACCUCCUGAGUUUGUUCCGCUGUUACGAGAAGGGCUGGAGGAGUAAGCUCCGGAGCCAUCUCUCUCCCUUCAGAAGCCAAGAGGUUCUAGACACGUAUCAGAAGCUCACUAUCAAUUCAUUCUCCAUGUAUGACGAGAUGACAAGGACUAUCGUUGGCGAGGCCCUUUAUAUUAGAGCAUCAAUGUUCAACCAUAGCUGUGAGCCUAAUUGCACCUUUGUGUUUGAGGGCAGCAGACUGAGCGUUAGAGCCAUCAAAAGGAUAGAGAUUGGAGAGGAGUGUUGUAUCAGCUACAUGAGCAGCCUUUUACCCUCUCCUCUAAGACGAGAGAAACUCAGAUCGAUCUAUGGCUUCACCUGCCAGUGCCCUCGAUGUUUGGAUUCUGCAAGGGACAAUCUUAUGCUGUGUGUCAAAUGUCCAAAUGAAAGCUGCCUUGAUCCUGUUCUUCCUGUUCAAGAUGGAUUCUUCCAGAUAUGCACUACCUGCCAUACUGAAAUAACUUCCUUGGAACAUUCCACUGCUGUGAGCAGGGUAGAAGCCUUUUCUGAGGAGGUGCUAGAGGAAGUUAAAAAGAACCACCGGGACACAGUGGAGGCCAACUCAGAAAAUGACAAUCGACUAGCAGUCAUCUUAAAGCAGUGCCUCAGGGAGCAGUCCACACUGCUCCACCCGACCCAUCACUGUGUGAUGAGGAUCCGUCUGGAGGCCAUGGGAACGUUCUCCUGCUAUGGUCAUUGGAAGGAGGCACUGGAGGCAAGCCAAGGAGUCCUGGAGGCUCUGAGGUUGCAUCUGAGCAGUGAAGACCCAUACAUUGCCUUCUUUCUUCUGAAACUGAGUAUCAUUCAUUACAACCUUGGAGAUAACACCAAGACAUGUGAAGUCUUAGAACAGGCCAUACCCCUGCUAGAGACCGCAUACGGUGAUAAUCAUCUAGUAACGCAACACGCCAAAGAUCUUCAACUCAAGUCUUCCUGAGCAAUGCUUCCCACCCUCCCACCGUCCACAACCAAACAGCCUCUAUACCUCAAGUACCAAAGAUAUAUUCCAACAGCUCAUGCUGCAAGAGCGACACUCUUAUCAGCAUCUCGAAGUUUGUACGAUCUCCUUUUUGCCAAAUGAAUGUUUAUGUUUAUAAAUUGAUUGCCUUAACAAGUGUGUCUGUAUAUAUUCAUAUAUAUAAUAAGGAGUCUGCUUUGGUGAUUUUCUAAACACAAUACUUUCAAAUCUUGGAAUUUGCAGAGUGAAAAUAUCUAGAUUCCCAAUCUAAGGUGCCAGUGAGACUAAAAAAGAAUACUGUAUAUAUAUAUAUAUACAUAACAAGGUGAAGGAUGAAAACACGAUUCCUUUGAAGUUUCAGAUGUUUGCCGGCGUACUUUAUUACAUUCAAAUUUUUCUAUUUCCCAAAGGAUUCCAAAGCAGACUACUAACUUUAUAUAUAUAUAUGAGUAUAUACACUCCGUAUUUCAGUAGCGAAAUAAUAGAUAAAUGAUGUAAAAAUCAUAAAUCACUUGCAAGAUUAAUAGCCAGUAAAAUAUUAAUUAUUAGCUUUACCUUAUAUAUGUAAUGUAGAUGUAGAUAUUUAUAGACUUAUAUAAUUGAAAAUAGUAUGAAUGAUAUUGAUUAUAAUGAAAUCAAUUGAUAAAACUUAUUGUAUUGACGGUGAAUAUGAUGAUUGUUUUUACACAUUUCCAAUACACAGAUCAGAUCACUAAUGAAAUGCAAUCAUACUGAUGUCAAUUAUGAUCAUGCUUGUAUGAAUUUCACAAAUAACUUUCUAUAUAUGUACAAUUCAAGCAAUUCAUUCUACACAUAGAAAUUUUCAGCAUCUCAUUGUGGAGUACAUUUUAGCACUUUUCAUUUCAAGCACAAUGUUGUGUGUGUGUGUGUGUUAAUUUGAUCUAUUCUCAGGUGAAGGCCAUACAUGUAUGUCAGUAUGAUAUAAGAACCCAUUUUGCAUUGAAUGUCAAACUCAUAUACAUAUAGCACAUCAUGUAUUCAUGUAUACUACGAUUGGUGGUUAAUACACUGUAAAUGCCAUUAACAGUUUAUGCUAUUCUCAAUUCAGUUUU